CGACAGGCGGCGAGAGCAGCGUUUUAAAGGUUUCUGCUGACAUGCGUCAGAGCUCCAUCCAUCUAAUAGGUGUGCUUUUUUUGCUUCAUGGUGUUCCGCGGUCUUCGGUAUUUCGUGCAGUCCAGGCGGACAGUCUCGCAAUCCCUCCGAUUCCUCCGUGAACGUCGCAGUACGGAAGUCCGUCUCGGCGAUUAGAUUGUGCGGUGUCGAGUAGAUACUCAGCCAACUCAGCGCGACAAUCACUACUUUUGGAUGGUGCCGUGUUGAACGACGUCGCUCAUGUCCCAGCUUUCCAAGGAGUCGGGCGUCGACCUGAACUUCGACGAAAUAAUGGCCUCAUCGUUGUCACUGGAGGACCCGACCACGCCGUACAGUUUCUACGAGGUGAAGGAUCGCACCGUCGUGCCGUCGUUGCCUCCACAGUGCGCGAGUGGUGAUGGCCGUGGCGGGGGCGGUGGCGUAGGAGGCAUUGUUCACUCGCGUCCUCCAGUGAGCCGCACCAACCUGAAGCAGCAACUGCAGCGUCACCAGGCCGAGCAGGAGGAGCGGCGCCUUCGUGAGCUGUUGGGAGCCCCUCGGCAACCCUCGUCGGCCAUCUGCGUCCCCGGCGUGCCCGACACCAUCCCCGACAACAUACAGGUGCCCACACAAGUGCUGCAGGUGCAGUCACGGCUGGAGAACCCGACACGCUACCAUGUGGAACAGAGCAAGCGUCGCCAGGUGAAGCAGUACCUGAGUGGCAGUCAGCUGCUGUCACGACCGCAGCUCCAGCACGUUGCUUCCUCUGCUCCUAACGAGGCAUUCAGCCCUGACAGCCCUGCAUCGCUACCCCGCAGUGGUUCUGCAGCAACCAGCAACUCAGAGUUUGAGGAUGCCUUUGAUGACCUGUCCCACUUUGAUGGCGAGGACUUCCUUAGCAGCCUGGGUGUGGGCCGUGGUGGCCACUCCACGGUUCCCAGCUCCCUGGUGGAGUUCGAGGAGGUCUGGCCCGGGGGCAGCACCAAGGCUGGCACUGUGUCUUCCUCGUGUCCUCCUGACCUGGCCUUGGUCAAGGAAGAGGAGCUGCUUGAGAACGAUCUGCGUGCUCUGGCCAAGGACCGGCAGAAGAAGGACAACCACAACAUGAUUGAAAGGCGGAGGCGAUUCAACAUCAACGAUCGCAUCAAGGAGCUUGGCACGCUGCUUCCAAGGACAAAUGACAGGCACUACGAGCUUGUGCGCGACAUCCGCCAGAACAAGGGCACCAUCCUGAAGGCAACGGUCGACUACGUGCGCACCCUGAAGAAAGAGAACGACCGCAUCCCACUCGUCGAGGAGAAACAGCGCACACUGGAACAGCAAAACAGGCAGCUGCUGCUCAGGAUACAGGAAUUGGAGCAGACAAUGCAGAUGCACGGCAUUCAGCUGACGAGCCACACAUGGCAUCCCACAUCAGAGUCGCAGCUGAAUGCGCUCAUCAACGACGGGCCUGGAGCACUAGCCUUCAACGAUGACUUCAGCGAAGACUUCAAAGGUGGCCAAGAGGACCUGAAGCCCGAAGAUUUUCAGCACGACGACAUCAAGCACGAGGUACCGAGCCCGAGCCCGAGUUCGGGUCUGAGUUCGGCACCCAGUCCGGGCCACAAUCUCGGCCACUACGAUGAUCCCAUCAUGGACGAUGACCCCAUGGGUGGUGGCGAUCCCCUUUUGUCAGCAUCCCACCUCAACUCGCCAAUGGACUAUCACGGAAUGGGAUAAUGAGCUCAACCUGGUGGGAUUGUAGACAGACUGUGCAUGAGGUUGUUUUAGGUAGCCACACGUGGAAAGCUGCCCUUUGGAACACCAUCUGUCUUUCCCAGUGUUUGCUUUAGCACAGUGGAUUUUCUUGAUGCAAGAAUUAUUCUAUUUUCCUGCAGAGAAGCUACUGGGGAGGCUGAUCACAAUGUUGAUGGCAAGCAGUACCUGGAGGGUAGACGUUAAUGCUUGACCCACUUUUAUUGAGAGUCGUCAUUGGCACUUUGUUGCUGUGCGCUCGUUUGUUGAUUGAUUACACGGAGGAAAGAAACAAAAUAGGAGAGGCCCCGAUGGCAUGUUUCUUUGAAGCUGGAAGUGCAGCCAUCGCAGUGGGCCAAUCUUUCCUUGCUUCUCCAACGAACUCGGCCGUAACAGAUGGUGCAAUCUCGAACUUUCAUUGCAACGAGCACCGGUGACACGCAUCAGAACGAGACCUACAAAACUUCUGUAUGAGUUUUGUUUAAGCGGGUACGCCCUGGCAUUCGUCCGUGGUUUAUUGAAUAAGGCUGUGGAUACCAGUGCCCGUGGUGAUCGCGCUUGGAGCGCACCAGCACAAAACACAAUUUGUAAGCUCACAGACACCACACUGCAAACAUGGAUUGUUUUGCAAACAGAGUGUUCGGUGAGAAAAGCCAAAGGCAGAAGCCGUUUUCUCAUUUUCAAAAUCCGAGUGCAGGGAGAGCUUCUUGGGCCCAGUUGUUAUGUAAAUGUGCAGGUUUGGCCCAGCGGUGCGAGUACCUCCAUGCGAAAAGUGAACUCACUACCUCCUCACACUCUCAAUGCAAAAGGGCCUCUCCUAGCCUUUCUUUCCUCCUCGAUAUGAUUAUGUGAACUGCUAUGGCUGCUGCAUGACACAGCGUUGUGUUUUGCAGGACGGUGUCGUGUUGUUUUGAGAGAUGUCACCCGAGACUGAAUUAUGUUUCCCCUCUUUUGUAGACAGUAGGUAAUCAAACCUGUACAUAAGAGUGUCAGCGUACCAGUUUUUAUAUUGAAGAGGUAGAAGGGUAUCUGAAAGCUUCUGCCCCCCUUUUUUCUUCCUCCUUUGAAAACUAGAGCAGUGAAUGGUGCAACAGCUUUGUGGUGGGAAAUAAGCAUUGCUCAAGUGUGACAUGAGAGUAUUGCAAAACUGAUACAAUGAAGUAGGCAUGGAAAUUUGUUAGCUGAUAUAUCGGCAUUUUGCCAGCACAGUUGACAUCAGUUAGUUCGACCCGAUGGGACUGACAAAAUCGGCCAAAUUAUCCAUUGCCUCAUAGUAAGCAAGAAGCAGAAAAAAACGCACCGCCGACUCAUUUGGCAGUGUUUGACGCGAUUCAAACACGUCCUGGAAUCCACCCGGCACUCUCAUUUUACCGUUGCAAAUUAUAAAAUUGUCAUAAAGCGAAAGCGCAGUGCCUAAACAACGUAGAAUUUGAAUGUGCAUGGAUUUUUUAGCGAGGAAAUUACGGCACAUCUCCAGUUAUAGCAAACAGAAAAGGGCGAAACCAGCAAAGGACAUCUUUGCAGAACGCAACUUCACUUACCUGAUGUCCAUCAUCACAUCACCUAGGUGGUACUUUGUCGGUGCAAAGAAUGAAACACUGUAUAUACUUGGGCAAUGACCUCGGGUUUUUUUCCCAAGAUUUGGGGUGAAAAUCGUGGGUGCAGUCAUUACAUGGAGAAAAAUGUGCAACUUUUUUUUUUCUUGGCUGUUUUCAGCCCUACUUGCCUUUAUUGAACUGCAGUAAUCGCUUGUACUGGGAGAAGCGAAAAACAACCUUUGUCACUUUCGUGCAGUUUUGCAAGGAUGUUAUUCCUCACCCUCGUCCUCCUCCCCUACUUGUCGCAUCCUCAAGCUCGCCUCUUUCCCGGAUAACUGAGGCCGUCCUCCAUUCCAUCAAAUUUGUUCGAAAUUCCCGUGACCUUGAAAUUUUUCUCCACCGUCUUGAAGGAAACCCCACCCCACGCUUCGAAAUUCCAGUGGCGUGCAUCCACAAGGGAUUACCUCUUCAGCCAUCCAGUCGGUGUUGUUUGGUGGGCGGCAGUGCCUCGGAGGCAGCCGCUAAAUUUUGGAGGCUGUGCUUUUGUGCCAAAAACUCGGCACAGCUGCCUUAUGCCCCCGGAAAAAAAAACAAAAAACAAAAAAAGCAUUGGAAUUCUCGCAUUACGCAUAGGGGAACACUGUUAACCUUCUGAAAAAUUAAGGGUGCGGCUAAUACAUGAAUAAUUUUUAAAUACGUUUUUGGGGGGAUUCUUUAUGGCGUAUCCAGACGAUGGACCGACCCGCAGGUGGCUGAGUCACGUGACAGUAGGAACGCGAUGGCCCGUCCGCUUGGGCGAUACACACGUGCAGUCUGAAACGGGAGAAAUAGAGCCCGGGCCGAGUCCUGUUCCAAUCGCAGACGAUGCAGCGCGCGUCUCGAAAGAGAAACUGCAAGUUCGAAGAGCCGCCGGCGCACUCGGCUACCGAAAAAAGAAGAAAAAAAAACCUGUCUUGUUGACACCCCACCCCUCCGAGCACGCGGCCUGCAGGCAAGGAUGGGGGCGGGCGGUUCGUGAAAAUGUUUUCAGCAUUGUUGGCCCUCCCGAUCCCCGGCCCAGCUACGGACUCCCCCAACCGGAACUGAAGGGUCACGUGACGGCGAGGCCGAGGGCCAAAAGAGCGGUUUGGCCCGUCGUCUGGAUGCACCAUUAACAAAGUUCUUGGUGCAGCUGUUGCAUGUGUGCCACCAUUAGACGAGUAUAUACGGUAUGUUGUCCUUAUAGUCGAGAACAUGUUUGAUGUUCUGCCUUUUCGAAUAACCCCUCAGCAUUCGCCAACAAUGUGGUGGUCUGCCCCAGACUAACCACUAUGCUAGUCCUUAAUGCAACGUGUUCAGUUCUCCUAAACACUGAAGACAUGACGCAAGCUGUUGCUGCUGGCUGAACCUAGUACGACAACCUAUUGUUUGAACUUGCACUCGUAAACAUACUGAAAUUAGCAUGUUCUCAAUAUGCUGUGUGGACUCACCAGCGAUAGUCGCCACCUAGUGAUGAUGAUGAUGAUGGCCAGGUUUGCUCCAACUAGGUUUUUUUUAAUGCAAUUUUAGUUUGUUAUUGGAUCGUAGCACCAGGGCAAUUUUCUGACUUAUCUCGGACUGAUGUCUGAGAGAGAAAAAUAGACCGUUGGGCAAGUUGUUAAUUUGUGACUAGGAAAAUGAGUGCGAAAUUACCGUGUGAUAGGACAAACAAGACCACAGGACAAGCACGUAGUCCUGUGCUCCUGCCCUGUGGCCACGCGCCUGUCCUUCUUCGUCCGGUCUCACAUUAUCGCGCUCAUUUUCGUCAUCUGAUAUAGGCCUCUUUGACAGAUGAUGGAGAGUGCCUUAAACAUGAGGUCAAAUGUUGCUGCGAUUGGAACCAUUAAAGCGGUUACAUUUGGGGUUGGACGGCAUAAAAUGGCCACCAGCUUGAACUAUGGGCCGAAGGCUAAUUUUUUGGAUUGAGCAAAAGAAAGCUUGGUCCCAUAGAAGUGUAAGGGACACCAUCUGGGACAUUUGGUCAAGGUCAAAUUAAGUGAAAGAUCGAGUUGAUCAGAGUUGUAUUAAUGGAAGUCCAGUGUACAUAUACAUACCACUGCUUUUACCAGCCAAGCUGUCAGUGCGAUUUUGAUGCAAGAUCUGUGUUGCAUUAGUUCUCAUGGUGGUAGUGCCUUUGUCAGUCGUAAUAUGGCUCGGGCCUCUAUUUUUGGUAAUACACAGGGUAGAGCUACGCUUGCAGUCUCGGAAAGCUGUAAUCGGUGUAUGAUUGCUAAACCAGAGUCUUUUGCAAGCAAGGAGAGGCCUUUUAAGGCAGAGGUCUUUUUUUGUUCAUUUGCUCAUCAUUAUGUUUCUGUAGAUGGCACACGGCUCUAGGAUAAUGGUGUCACAUUGCACGUUUCUGGCAAAACUUUGCUCGAUUCAUGCUUAGCUGAUCUCGGUGCUCUCAUCCACCGUUCAGCUUAUGGCUUGCCUCUACACUUGAUCGUGUUUGAGAUUUAUUCCAAAUUGUUGCUAUAAUAUAUUGUAGUUAUGUAUAGUUUAUAAUGUCGGACUGCCGUGGAUUCCACUCAAGUUCGUAGAAAGCAAGUUUAUUCUGAACGGAGACCAGCAUUUGGGCAUUUUCCCACUUUUUCACAAACUAUUGUGCCUGCAGUGUGCAAUUGAUGUUCAGUUAUGCAUACUGGUAAGGCUUUUUGCAGAGGCAUCUUGACAGACACUGCUCGACACACUCGACGUUUAAACGUAUUCUACAGUACAGAUGUCAUCGACUUUUUCACCUUAUAUGUCUUGAAAGCAUGCAGAUCACGUUUCACCUGUGCCGUGUUGGUGUUGGCUUUUCGAUCAGCAUGAAAACAUUUGUGUCCAGUUAUGCACAUCAUGUCCUUCAUGAAGAUCUUUAAAUGAAACAGAUUAAUAUUUUUUUUUUAUUAACAUUAGAUGAAUAACUUAUAUACCCCUUUCACACGGGCACUGCUGAACACCUCUAAUCUCCAAAAAUGUCACUCCGUAAAGGAGCUUUGCAGUGAUGGAGCGGUGGCCAUGUCGCAUUUGAGAGAAGCCGCAAGGGGCCCAUUGGGAGCUCUGCGUGUCACCUCUGAUCAUGCUGAAGGAGUUCACAAGGGCCUGUGUGACAGGGAUAUUUGCUGUGGAACCAUGUUGCAUUCAGAAUGCACACACACUUUUAUGCUUACCACAAGUGAGCAAGUCACUCCGGAAAUCUGCAUUAGUGAGAAAGUCAUAUUUAUCAACAGUGGUAAUAGCGCGUGUAUUAAGACUUUGCAACAUUCUCUUGGCACGCGUUAUCCCGCAGUUUUGUCAUCAGCACUCAUUUUUUACAUUCAUCACCACCCUUUGGCUCAUCAUAGUUCACAUAUCCAAGGUGUGCAUACUUAGAGAACAGUAUAUUUUUUCAAGUGAUUGGAAGGUAAACCAUGCAGUCAGAUGGGGAGCUUUUGAUUGGCGUGUGCCAUAAAUGGGUUGCCUUCACUGUGUCCUUUGACUGGUCUGAUGUGAUAUAUCCUGCUUGAAAAUAUUAUUUAGUCGCUAGUCGAACGAAGAGUGUCAACUGCUCUCUUAAUCCACGUUUGGGCUGGUAUCGUUACCGCAUUGUAAAUAGGCAUGCCUUGUAAAUAGUGACCCCGUUUGUUGUUUGCCUUGUUUUGUUGCACACAUUGAAAUACUAGUGUUAUUGCUAAACGGAGUGUGCAUGAAUGUCGACAGCCUGAAGGACCUGCAGACAUAUUUCAUUUUUAAGGCUGUUAGUUUUUGUGAAGGUGGCUUCAAACAUGGCUUGGCUUGUUUGCUGACUGAGGUCAGUGGUUCUGCGUCAUUAAUAGACGAGACAACGCAGUGUAAGCAUGCAUAGUGUGCAGUAACACUUGCCAUGUGCAUGCAGCGUUUGCAACAUUGUGGAUGUAAAAUGGCAAGAAGGUUUCAACAACCUCUUUCUUUAGUUACUUAUGCUGAUAGUUUAUGGUUGCCAUUAAUAUUUCUACAAGAUCGCUUUUACAUUCAUUGUGUUGAGCCAAAGUCUUAAAAGGCAAGUUGUGUGACUGACCUAGUCGGCAACAUUCCGUCGAAACAUAGCACAGGAGACCACCAGCUCAGACUCCUUGCUGCAUUACAGGAAGAGCAUUCCGAAGCAGCACCUCAGCAUAACGUGGGCAUGUGUCAGCCGAACCCAGACUCGUACCAGUCAUUGUCAUGGUCAAAAUAAAUGUCCGAUGCAGGUACUAUUUACUGUGCUCGCUGAAUUAGGGUUCACAGCGAUACAUUGCCAACAGUUUAUUUUUCAGGCUGGCAUCUUUUCUUCAAAAAUUGGUAUGUUGGUUAUUCUCUAAAGACCGCUAUUUGUAUUAGAUUGGCAUCACUAUGAGUGGCGAUAUUUCCGCAGUUUUAUUUAAUUUUAUGCUUUAGCGUUAGAGUGAAGCUUUUUGGCAAAAGCAUUAGCUUAGCAAGGAAUGCUCUUCUUGCUCUUAUCAAAGAAAUUAAGAUUCUUAGAUUUUGCAGCAUUUUCUUAUGCAGCGCAUGCAUUGCGUAUUUACGUGCUCUGAAGUAUGUUACGGCAUCUUCGUCAAAUCGCACUGGUGCGCCGUUUCGUCCACUCGUCGUAGCGCCUGAGCACCCCAGUGCGCUUUGUCAAAGACUGCAUUGGAAACUCAUUGCAGAUCACAAAUUUGUUCUAUGGAGCACUUAUCAAAAUGCACUAACUGCAUAGAAUGUAAAAACAGAGCCAGUGCAUAUACAGGUCUAACUGUUACCUCUGAAAAUUGCGCAACAAAAUAAUUUGCAACUGCAAAAUUCUUAGUCUAACAAAAUGUCGUGAGGCUCUCUGAAAACACACAAAAAACAUGGCGACUGUUGUAAGAAUGUGCACUUGUGCAGCAUCCACUUUAAUGUACCGAGAUGAAAGUGACACUAGAAAAGAGCCAACUAUACACAAGAUGUUUAAAUAAGUGAGUGAUUUGAUGUUAUGUACAAGUGGGCAUGUUGAUGUCCUGCUGUCUUUUUUUUGGCUUGGUUCUGGGCAGAGCCUGGUUCCCUCUUUUGUGCCUUCAUGCGGGACCUGCGCAGUGAAAGAAAAUCUUACUUUAUUACAGUCCUUCGUGCCUUGUCAAGAAAAACUGUGCCAUUAUAAAUGACUGAAACAGGAGUGGUGCUAUGUCAGUGCAGCAGUUGUUGUGAGAGUUCCUCCCAUGAGAUUUGCUGUUGCAUGGACAGCAUGAGCAGGCGCUGCAAAGUGAUACCGUUUGCAUAUUUCAUGGCUUUGAAUAAACAUGUCCGAAUAGCAAA